AUGCCAUUGGGUAUUUUCCAUCUGCUCAUCGCAUCAAUACGUUGUUGCUUCGUGUUUCGUCUUCAAAUUGUUAUCAACAAUCUCCGUUUGCAGCGAUGCCGUACGUGGAAUUCGUAUGCGUGGAUAGCAUGGCGCAAAGUUUGUUGGUUAGUGCCAAUAACGACAAUAAUCUCAAUCCCGUUAUGCUUCGAAUAUCGUGUGGACACCUAUCGAUGUAUGUCGCCGAAUGGUGGUAAUCUCAUCAAAUCUGUUGGUGUUGCCAGACAUUCGGAUUUUGGACGAAUCGCUUUCAUCAAAAUUGACCUCAUUCAAGCAUUGCCAACAAUUAUCUAUUGGUUGGUUGCUGAAUUUCACCUUUUAACUGAAUUCUACAAAAAUGCGGCCAACGGUUACAAUGAUCAUCGUGUCAAGAAAUUCUCAAAUUUCACAUCGUGUCUUUUCAGGUUCACAUUGUUCAGCGCUGUGAUUUAUUUCAUUUGCGAAUGGUGUAUUCGACCGCGAUUCGCUUCACCAAUUAUUCAGAAACACUCUCCAUUCUUUUCGAACAUUCGACCCCUCCUUAUAGCGCUCAUUUUUGCACUGUCCGUCAUUCAUUUGCCAGCCACUAUUGCAUAUUUAAAUCAUGAUGAUCUCAAACCAAAAACUAAGGUGAUUCAUUUCCGUCGUUUGUUUCUUUGCAUAUUUCUACAUCAUCUUAUACUUCUACUUCCACAAUUUUUCCCUUACGACUCUAGUUUCAUUCUAUGUGUUUCAGUUGUUGUUAUAUGCCACUAG